AUGGUCGAGAAGCUUUACAUUUCGUACGAACAUGUACAUAAACUUUGUCGUAAGGCAGCUGAAGAGAUCAAGAGUAAGAAGGAUCCGGUGGACUUAAUCAUUGCCAUUGGAGGAGGAGGAUUCAUUCCUGCUCGUAUUCUCCGGUCAUUCUUAAAACAAGACGGUCAGAAGAACAUUCCGAUCCAGGCCAUCGGUUUAUCAUUAUACGAAUUUAUGGGGAAUGAAGAGACCAUUGGCAAAGAAGUUGUGCGUACUCAAUGGUUAGACUUUGGUAAUUUAAAUGACCAUUUCGAUUCCCUUAUUGGGAAGCAUUUACUUAUCGUGGACGAAGUAGAUGAUUCUAGAACCACUCUACACUACGCUUUAACCGAGUUGGAAAAAGAUGUUAAGGAUAUUCAAGAGAAAUUGGGUCGUCAAAAUGAACAGACCAAAAUCUCUAUCUUUGUACUCCAAAAUAAAGAUAAGGAGAAGAGAGCUGAAUUACCUCAAGAAUUAUUUGAUUCGGGAAGAUAUAUGUGUGGUGAGGUUGUUCCGGAUAAAUGGAUAGCUUAUCCUUGGGAUGCCCUUGAUAUCGAUGAUCAAACUGAAAGAGCUCGGGCUCAAGGCUACAUUUAG